AUGCAAAAGCUCGAUCAUUUCGAUCAUACCAAUACUGCGGUUUGGUCGCAACGCUAUUUCGUCAACGAUACUUUUCAUAAAAAAGGCGGUCCAAUCUUUCUUAUGCUAGGAGGAGAAGGGCCUGCAUCACCAGUGUGGAAUGUAGCUGGUGCCUGGCAAAUCUAUGCUAAAAAAUUAAAUGCCAUCACCAUCCAAAUUGAGCAUCGAUAUUAUGGCCAAAGUCAUCCUGUCAGUGAUGCUUCCACUCCUAACUUAAAGUACCUAAGCAGUGAGCAAGCUUUGGCUGAUGCUGCUUAUUUCCGAGAAUAUUUCAUGACAAGUAAAAAUAUGUCAGCUGAUACGAAAUGGAUUGUUUUUGGAGGUUCAUACUCUGGAGCUUUGAGCGCUUGGUUACGAACAAAGUAUCCACACUUAUUUCAUGCUUCAGUUGCAACUAGUGCUCCUAUUUUGGCCAAGGUAGAUUUCGAGCAGUACUUGCAAGUCGUUACUAAAUCUCUUCAAACUGCUGGUAUGGCCUGUACUAAAAACAUCCACAAUGCUACAACAAUAAUACAAGGGAUGAUAAAAACUUCCGCCGGAAGAAAAAAGUUAUCUCAAAUGUUCAAAACGUGCAAGCCUUUGAGUAAAGACCCGAAUGACAUUUCUACCUUUAUGCAAAGCCUAGCAGGAAAUUUUGAAGGAAUUGUUCAGUAUAAUAAAGAUAAUACCGGAUUUGAGCGCCAUACUCCUGCAACAACAUUGACAGAUUUAUGCAAAAUUAUGGAAAAGAACAAGCCUCUCGAUGGAUACGUAAAAGUAAAUUCCUUGAUACUUAAACAGAAUGGUCAAAAGUGUAACGAUGUCGUAUACAAAGAUAUGAUAAAACAAAUGCAACAGAGCAAAUUUCAACCAGGAAUUGCAGGUCGAUUAUGGUUCUAUCAGACUUGUACCGAAUUUGGAUAUUACCAAACGUCAGACUCUAAGAAGCAGUCCUUUGGAAACAUGUUUCCCAUAAAAUACUGGGUUCAGCAAUGUGCUGACGUUUUCGGAAAAAAGUUUUCACCUUCGUAUAUAAACGGCGAAAUAACAAUGACUAACAAUUAUUAUGGAGCGUUGGCAAUAAAAGGUACUCGCAUCGUCUUCCCAAAUGGUUCAAUAGAUCCGUGGCAUGCACUCGGCCUUCUUAAAUCUACUGAUGCAACCAGACCAACAAUUUUUAUUAAGGGUACUGCUCAUUGUGCUAACAUGUACCCACCUACAUCGAAAGAUCCCGCAGGGCUUAGACAAGCUCGCACAAAAAUCCUCGGUUAUCUUACCAAGUGGUUGAAGGAAAAGUCCUAAAGCUCAAAAAUUUUAGUUGAGAUGUAUUGUUCUCAAAUUUUAAGUAACUCUUAAUACAGAUCAUUUGUUCUUCGAAUUAGCCGAAAAAGUAACUGAUAUUCAUGUUGUAAAAAUGAUUCUACGAUAAUAUAGCAACGGUAGCAUAAAGGCAUGAACAUUGAGAUAUCUUCCUUUCCGUUAUUCUAGCUGCACUAAC